AUGGGUUGUGCAAGCAGUUCACCACUCACAGUAAAUGGAGGUCCAGGCGGACUUGUAGAGAAUGCAAAAACAGCAGCAACAGAAAUUAUGAAUACGGGAGAGAAGGCCAUAAAUGAAGUCGGAGAGAACAUUGCCGAGACCGUGACACAAACGAAGGAUACAAUUGUUGAGUCUAUUAAUGGAGUUGUGAAGAAGAAAGAUGAUUUAAUGACAAAAAUACCACUGAAAGAUCCUGAUAUGGAUGAGGAGAGUGAAAAUCACUUGAUUGAAGAAAAUUUGGAAAACUUAAAGAAUGAGAUGAUGUCAAAAGCACAAAAUGUUGUGGACGAAACUGAUAAAAUAACUGAUGAACUAAUCAAAGACACAGAGGAUGUAAUUCGUGAUGCAGAAACUGGAAUUGUUGAUUUAAAAAAUGACAUGAUGGAGAAAACGGAUGCAAUGAAGGAUGAAGUCAUGGAUGAAAUUAAAUCAAAAUCACCAACACAUUCAAUAGACAGCUUAAAGACAUCUGUAGCAGAACCAGAAAUCGAGACGCUUUUAAAUGGCGAUGCAGAAGAUAAUCCAGUCUCUCCAGAGGCAACAGUUGGUGAACUUGAGAAUCUUAGCAACGAAGAGGAAAGUAAACCGGUAGAAGAACCAGAAUCAGAGCCAUCAGCGCCUCCAGCCGAAGAAACAAUGCCAGAAUCAUCAGAGAUAGAAUCAUCAAUGCCGGAACCCGAACAUCCAGAACCGGUUAAGCAAGAAGACGAUCUUGUGGUGGAAGACAUAAAAUCAACAGACGAGAGCUCAAACGACUCGAGCGUAUCACAAAUUGGCAAAAAAUUGGCAAAAUCAUUUGCAGUUGAUGAAUUAAGUUCCCAUGAUGAUUCAGACAACAGCGAAGAUGAGACAAAACAAGAAAUUGAUGAGCCAAAAACUCAUUGGGAAGAGAUGCAUGACAUAUACUUUAAGAAGCGAUUCUCACGUCCAUUAAAUGCAAGUGUUGAGAGUCUGAUGGAAGAUGAAGAAGAAUGCAGAAUAAAUCUAUCAAAUAUGUAUAAUGAGAUGGAUGCAAUUAAGGCUAAACCAUCAACACCACCGUCUGAACCUCAACGCAUGCCAUCAUUGCGUAAAGAACCGUCUACUGACUCUACGAUGGAUGUAAUUGAUGCAUUGAUUAAAAGUAUUGAGAAAGAAGUUAAAAUGGAAGAAGCUAAUGAUGAUGUUCCGAUUGUUUCUGUGACUGAUGAAAAUUGAGAGAGUUUUGAAUAAGAAUUGG